AUGUCGAGCUUGAUGUCGAGUUUGUUGGUGCAGUGGUUGCUGGAUGACAGCACCGCCCAGGACAGCCGUGGUCUUAAACCCCGCGAAUUUGACUCGGUUCAAUCCGUGGCGGCCAACUCUGCCAACUCGGCGGCUGGAUCGUGGAUUAUUGAUCCCCUCCCCGCCCUUCAGCGGCGUGGUCUGAUUGCCAUUGGGGCAUUGUCCCUCAUUUCGCUCACUGCAACAUUCUCUUUGCUAUGUUUCUUUACCUACCGAUUUAUCUUUUGGAAGAAGUACUACAAGCGCUACAUUGGAUACAACCAGUAUGUCGUGUUGAUGUACAACUUGGCUCUAGCAGAUUUUAUUCAAGGUCUUGGGUUUAUUGUUAGUUUGCGAUGGAUCAGCCAAAACUCCAUUCAUGCGACAGACCCUGGGUGCUUUUUACAAGGUAUCUGGCUCCAGAUUGGUGACCCGAUGAGUGGAAUGUUCGUUUUGGCGAUCGCCUUGCACACGUUCAUGCAUGUCAGUCUGGGUCGCCAAAUCAGUCACAAGGUGUUUGUGUCAAUCGUGGUCGGUCUCUGGAUCUUUGGAGUUGUGCUGGUCGUGAUUCCAAUUGGAAUUUACGGUAGCCAUGUCUGGAUGCCUUCGGUCGCAUGGUGCUGGAUGACCACACAACACCCAGUGCUUCGUCUCUUCACCCAUUACUUCUGGAUCUUCGCAGCGCAAUUCAUGAACCUUCUCUUGUAUGCCAUCAUGUUCGUCCAGCUCCGACGCAAGAUUUCCCAAUCCAAGAUCUUGGGAUCUAGCUACACCGAGAGUCUCAAACGUCUAAAUCGCGUCGUCUCAUACAUGGUCCUCUACCCGAUCGUCUACAUCGCCCUGACACUGCCGUUGUCUGCCGGUCGCAUGGCGUCUGUCAGCGGAUCAUCGCCCAGCGUUACAUACUUCUGUGUAGCAGGUGCUCUGAUGACCCUAUCCGGAGCUUGUGAUGUCGCCCAGUAUACCCUGACUCGCAAGAGCAUUGUCUUGGAGUCGGAGACCCGAUCGAAGGAUGUUUCUCGUGACAAGACUAAGCAAGGCUACGGCAACAUCUACUCCCAGAACACCGAGGACAAGGGCCCAUUCACUACCGUCUGUGCUGCACAGGGCGGUAGCUCGACUGAAGCCAUCGUCAAUCAGGAAGAAGUUGAACUCGCCACCGUUGACCAUGUGUUCCAGCACACAACGAUUACUGUGACCCACGAGCCUGCCUAUUAG